AUGAAUCUCUCACUCUCCUGCCUCCUUUUAAUAUCUGCUCUCCUCAAUCCCGCCACUGCCUUGAUUAACGCCGACGUCUGCAAAUGUCUUCCCAACGACGAAUGCUGGCCAAAGGAUGAAGCCUGGUCUCAGCUGAACUCAACAGUCAAUGGACGUCUCAUCCGUAGUAAACCUCCGGCCUCCGUCUGCUAUCCCGAAGAGAGCAACUAUGACCCAGAAGCCUGUAGCCGAGUCUUCGAAAAUUGGGAAUCUUCCUACUGGCAUGCUGAUGAUCCCAUCUCCAUUGACUCACCUCCGCGCUAUGCUUGUCACCCGAUCUAUCCUAAUGGCACGAGUAUCCAUGGAGAUCCCACCGCCGGCGAGAGAGGAUGUGGAGGCGACUCGUACCCGGUGUUCGUUGUCAAUGCAUCUAGCGUCUCCGAUGUCCAGGCUGGGGUGGAAUUUGCCCGCAGACAUUCUGUCAAGCUCAAUGUGAAGAGCACUGGUCAUGGACGCAGCUCCAUCCCAGGAAGUCUAUCGAUCUGGACGCAUUACUUCAGAGGCAAAGAGUUUCAUACGAACUUCGUCCCUCAAGGAGCCAACUCCAGUACCAACGCAACCUCCAUGGCUGUCACCUUUGGAGCAGGAAUUCUCGAUCGGGAAGCCUUCGAGUUUGCGGCAGAGCAUGACGCCGUUGUCGUUGGAGGCACGGAUUCGACAGUCGGCCUUGUUGGAUGGGCUGGUGCUGGGGGUCAUGGCUACUUGACUGGUGGAUAUGGUAUGGGGGCCGACAGCUUCUUGGAAGUCACUGUGGUUACGCCCAGUGGUGAAAUCGUCGUCGCCAACGCAUACCAGCACGCCGAUCUCUUUUGGGCCAUCGGUGGUGGUGGUGCCGGCACUUGGGGUGUCGUUGUAUCUCUGACUGUGAAGGCUCAUCCCAUGCCAAGUACGGCGAUGUGGUCGCUCUCACUCACUGCACAGAACGGAACCACGGCUUCAGAGUGGUACAAAGUUGCUGCAGAACUCUUCGCCGACAUUCCACGACAAAGAGACCUGGGGCUGUCAGGGUAUCAGACGCUGGGUGGACCGCCUUUAGUGGUGACCAACGCCAUGUUCGGGUACGAUAUGUCGCGUGAAGCUGUAGAAAAAAUCACCGGGCCUCUCUUGCAACAGCUUGAGACGCAAAAUUCGACUGCCCAGGUCGAUUCCAACAUUGUCAUGUUCCCCAAAUGGAUCGAUGUUUUCCAUCAGUUCAACUUGACGCUGCCGGUGGGUGGGGCCACCGGCGGUACCACAGCCGCUAGGCUACUUCCUGACAGCAGUCUCACUGAUACUGAGACCUUCGCUCGAGUCUUGGAGAACAUUGGUCCCAGCCUGGACAAGCCGAAAGACAAAUUCAGAUCCGGGCGUUCCAUAUCUGGCACUGCCACCGGGUCAUCGCGAAAGGUCGACAAUGCGCUGAACCCCGCCUGGCGUGAUACUGCGGUCCACUUCAUCGUGAGUGAGUCAUGGCCACAUGACACACCUUCCGAAGUAGUCGACGAAGCAAUGGCUGCAAUGGAGCAGUCCGCAUAUCAGCUCAGAUCAAUUGCUCCAGACUCUGGGGCUUACAUCAACGAGCGCGGCGACUUCGUUCCUGACUGGCAGAAAACUCUCUACGGCGACAACUAUUCCCGCCUCCUGGCCAUCAAGCACAAAUACGAUCCCGAGAGCGUUCAGUGGUGCGAACUCUGUGUCGGAAGCGACGAGUGGUAUGAACGUGAGGAUGGAAGAUUUUGCAAGCAAUCGUGGGCGUAGUCAGAAUGUUCGGCAACAUUCGAUUGGCCACACGCUGAUUGCGAAAUAUCCGAUAUGCAUGCGCGGUUGGAAAAGAAUCCGAAAGAAAUUCACGGAAACGGGACUGUUACCAGUGCCUGGGUGGCAUAUAUUCCCCCAAG